GGUUGGUUGUCACAAUACACGGAGAGGAAAAAAAUGUUGAAAAAAAACUACAACCCAAGGGUUUGCAACACAUUGGGUGUGUUCGAUAUGUGUUACAGGGCAGCCCUGAUACCGCAGACGCGCGUUGUACCUAUUCCUGAACAGGUCGGGAGAUGCAAACGGGCGAUGUAGAAAUAUAACUGCAACGCACUCUGCCCGAGGCGCCCAUGUUACGUACUCUGCGCCUGCUCUGUGAGGAGACCGACGCAUAUUUAAAACCUCAUCAAAACUAGCUUAAUGUUGACAACUGUGUUUCCCACAGUUAGCGAGCUAUAACGGCUGUAGCUUAGCAUAAAGCAUCCGGUGUGGCCGCGACGGUGAUUGUCGACCGGCGUUGUAGUGGAACUUUUUUUCAAAUUUUAUUUUUGAAAGAGAAAGAACAGUGCUCAACGGUCGUAUAUCGGCGCGUUUCUCCUAGCCUGCUAACGCUAGCCAGGCGGCCGGCUGGCUAACAGGAACACAGGACCGGCGAGUCGGCGGACUGACACACCUCAUCUGAGUGUUCAUUUGUGUAAAUUUGAAACUAUGGAUGGUGACUCAGGAGCAGCCUCUGAGCGAAUUCUGCUGGAGCCAUACACAUAUUUGUUGCAACUGCCAGGAAAGCAAGUGAGGACAAAACUCUCCCAAGCAUUUAACCACUGGCUCAAUGUUCCAGAGGACAAACUGCAGGUGAUCAUCGAGGUGACUGAGAUGCUGCACAAUGGCAGCCUGCUCAUAGACGACAUAGAGGACAGCUCCAAGCUGCGGCGAGGCUUCCCUGUGGCUCACAGCAUCUAUGGCAUUCCCUCUGUUAUCAACUCCGCCAAUUACGUCUACUUCUUGGGGUUGGAAAAGGUGCUGACCCUGGAGCACCCAGAGGCCGUCCAAGUGUUUACCCGGCAGCUGCUGGAGCUGCACCGCGGCCAGGGCCUGGACAUCCACUGGAGGGACACCUACACCUGUCCCACCGAGAAGGAGUACCGCAACAUGGUGCUGCAGAAAACUGGAGGGCUCUUUGGCUUGGCCGUGGGCCUUAUGCAGCUCUUCUCAGAGUGGAAACACGACCUGAAACCCCUUCUGGACACGCUCGGCCUCUUCUUCCAGAUCCGCGACGACUAUGCCAACCUCAGCUCCCAGGAGUACAGCGAGAACAAAAGCUUCUGUGAGGACCUGACCGAGGGCAAGUUCUCCUUCCCCACCAUUCAUGCCAUAUGGUCGCGUCCAGAGAGCACCCAGGUGCAGAACAUCCUGAGGCAGCGCACAGAGAACGUGGACAUCAAACGAUACUGCGUGGACUACCUGGAGAAGGUAGGCUCGUUUGCGUACACCCGCGAGACUCUGCGGGACCUGGAAGCGGAGUCCUACCGGCUCAUCAGGGGCUUCGGGGGAAACCCUCAACUGGAGAGCCUGAUCAAACACCUCAGCCAAAUGCACCGCGAAGCAGAAGACAAGGCAAAGUCCAGUACUGAGCCACACUCAAGCCAAAACCACUGACCUCAUCCGCCGUUCGCUGCUGCAUUACCCACAUCCCACCACUGCACACUCAACUAACACAGGAGCUUUGCUAAUAACACUGACGCAGACAGACACCCCCCCCCC